GUGCAGUGCAGUAACGGGCAGAUAGCGUACGGGCGGCGGCGGCGCGCCGUGGCCUCGCGCGCCGACUCCAACACGCUGUACGAGGUGGCGCUCACCACCUUCAUCAAGGUCGAGUACCUGGACGGGCAGAAGGAUGCUGAGGACGUGCUAGCUCUACUCCGUAACCUGAAGGUGGCUAACCAGCGCCUGGGCGACGCAGACGGCACCCCCGCGGCCGUGGCCGAGCACUCCCCGCAGGAGCUGCUGUACCGGCUCCAGCAGCGCGACCAGCUCGCACUCGCUGACGUCAGCGGCGCCGCCAUCUUGCAAAGCUGUACGCUACUUGUCGUUGCCCUCUUAUUACUUUUUAAAUAAAUUUGUGGAGAAUGAUUCUGUUGCAUGAAUUCUGCUGAAUUUGGAUGUUUGCGAUCUUUUUAGAUAGGGAUAGGAGGAAUUUUAAUCGACCUUGAUAAAACUUAUUAAAAGCCUUCACCACAAAAAUUAGACCUUUUAUAUUAUUUUUCUGGUUAAAUACGUGGGUAAACAAUUAAUGGACGACUACUUGACUUAGCUGUUAUCUAUUGCCAUCCUUUGUCUAUCCUAUGUAUUAGAAAAAUAUAGCAAUACCCGAAUUUAGUUAACUUUAUGAACAACAGAAUCAUACCUAAUGUCAAUUUAAUAAAAUCAAAAUGGCGACAUGCAAUAUGUCAUUUUUAAAUACCGAAAAAUACGCGCUCGAAUAUAUUUAAUUAAAAUUAUAGUUUUUAAAUUAAAUUCCGUCCAAACUCUGACUAUUGGCAUUUUACAAUAAUUUACAUACUCUUUGCCAAAUAAUUUAUGAAGUGUAUACUACAAGUUAUCAAUCGCAAACCAUUCCAUAGACGUAACAUUGUGGUUAGUUAAUAAAUAAAGUGAUUUAACUAUAAUAACGUAAACUAAGACGUAAUUAAUUUAGUUUAGAUUUUAACUUUUUAAUACCAGUGUAAGGGUAAGCGCACAUUAUCGAUAAAUGUGUUUUUUUGAGAGAAACUAAGUUGCAUCAAUAGGUUAAUAGCCUAUAUUCUGACAGCUGAUUAUCAUAUUUGACUAUUUAUAUGCUUUUUAUUCAUACUACACCAGUUUCUAAUAAUAUCAACGCAAUAUUUAGAUGACUAUCAAUCCCUUGUUAGCUGUUUGCCUAAUGGUUACUACGCAAGCAUAAGGACAAUAUUGGCAAAAAAAGACUUUUUUAACAUUAAAAAUCAUACAACUGACUACAAAUAAUAAUCUGCUGAGCCAAACUUUUUAUGGGACCAAAAUGGCAGCUAUUUCGCGUUAAAUGGAAAAUCAGUCCAUCCAAAAACCGACAUUCUGAACAAAAUACAGAAGAAUUUAGAACCUCCUUUCAAAAUAGGUUAAAAAAUGGUCAACUCUGCAACCAUAGGCAAUGGGUAAAAGUUAUCAGCACCUCUGAUAUUUAGGCGGUAAGUAAUAAAUAGACGAAUAUUGUCAAUUUGUCAGCAUUGUUUAUGUUACAAGUAUAAUGUGCGCUUACCUGUUUAUGCGAUGCAUUAAGUCAACUAGUCUUAUAAUUACUGUUCAAUAGUUAAUCUCGGUUCAAUGUAAUUGUGAAUAUAUCAUAGUGCUCCUAAAAUUGUAAGAACUCCCUUUCGUGUGUUUAGAAGACAGGUUGUCCUAGGACCAAGGUAAUGACGAUGGACACUUUAAAGACAGAUGAUACAUAAAAUAUGAAAGAAACUUUGAAGUUUUUUUGGUUAA